UGAAGAGGGUGAGAGGUAAAGUUGGUGUGUGUUCCAGGAUGUUCUCCGCUUGCAUCCUGCUGUGGAUCAGUAUUCCUGCUCUAUACCAGACUAUCCCGGUUGAAGGACAUCCUGACCUUCAGCAAGGUCAUGAGUCGUAUAUUGAGGUUGAGGACUGGUUCAAGGACUACGUGGGCCUGCACCUGGCCAAUCAGCAAGCUAAAAGACGUCCGGCUUCGAAUUUCAAAACCGGGAAACUGAGGAAGAUGUUCGGAUGGGGAGACUUCCACUGCAGUGUGAAAUCUGCCGCGCUGGACCUUCUCAUCAAAGGCAAGAUCGUUGACCACGGAAAUGGAACGUUCAGCAUCCACUUCCUGUGUAACAGCACCGGCGUCGGGAACGUCAGCAUCGGGUUAACGCCGUCCAGCAAGACGGUGGAGUUCAGGUCGGCACGGGAAGAGGUGACGGAAUCGGUGGAGUCGAAGCUGUUCAACUGCAGGGUGGAGUCGGAGAAGGUGGAGCAGAGCAAGAGGGGCAUGCGGUGCAGCUACGAUCCCUCACAGAGCUGCGAGCAUCAGCACACACAGAGUCACGUGGCGUGGCUGUGUUCCAAACCGUUCAAGGUCAUCUGCGUGUACGUGUCCUUCCGCAGCGUGGACUACAACCUGCUGCAGAAAGUCUGUCCGGAUUAUAACUAUUACAGCGACACCCCGUACUUCCGAUCUGGAUGAUCCCUCCGUCACAGAGUCUAGUCUAGUGUAGCUAGGGAAGGGAAACUCAGUAUCUGUGAGUGUUUAGUGAUUCUAGGUGCUGCUGUACACGGGACAGCUUCUGCUCCAGGUCAAAAAGUUAUGAUUUGAUUCAUUUCAAAUAUUUGAGCAUGUACAUUUCAUACAUCCUUUAUCCUUAUUAAAAAAGAUCAAAAGUUGAGACGCAUGAGAAAACAUGACAUCAUUUCCACUAAGGGAACAUUAUGAGUGAGCAUCGAUGUGGGCUGGUUUGUGCCGUGUAUUGUGGAAUUUCUUCCCCGAGUGCACGUUGCAGUGCAUUGAGAGAUUGAGAGAGACAGCUCUUAAAAUGUCCAACUCCCUGAUCAGCGCCUCGACUACUGACCUGAGAGAGCUGACCCAGCCACAGUCAUAACACGCAGUAAAGGGAUGUAGAUAUUCAGUAGGGCAAUGCGUUUAUGUUCCUGAGUAAACAACUGAAACCGUUAUCAACUUCAAAACUGAAUAAAAAUGGAUUUUAAAUCAUUUCCGUGUGACAUCGUUGUUUCCUGU